GUUCUCAUCCCUGGCUUCCAGAUGAGGAAACUGAGGAACCAGCGAGCUUGCCCAGGGCUACACAACCUCUGAGUGGCAGAACUGGGAUCUGCUAGGCUCCAAAACCUCAUCCACUAAAGGAGAAGCAGAGAGACUAGGGCCUGGUAGGAAGGUGACAGCAAAUAGCCUCUGAGGGCGGGCCUGUGGCUUCUUUGAUCUUGGGCCCCUCUCUGCCCUGGCCCCGCCCCUGCCCCUCCCAGGCCUGCCUAGAAGUGUGGGGUAAGAGCUCCUCCUAGGAUACCCCUUCACCUCGGGGAAAGAACCGUGCCCCCCAGGCACUACUCAGGAAAAGACCCUCCCCUGCAUCACCAACUCCCCUUCUGGAUUACAUCCCCACCUGCCUGCUUGGCCUCCAGGGCCUGUAGCCCGCAGCAGCCUGAGAUGACGGUCAAGCUGGAUUUCGAAGAGUGUCUGAAAGACUCACCCCGGUUCCGAGCCUCUAUCGAGCUGGUGGAAGCCGAAGUGUCAGAAUUGGAGACCCGUCUGGAGAAGCUCCUCAAGCUGGGGACCUGCCUCUUGGAAAGCGGGCGCCAUUACCUUGCUGCCGGUCGUGCCUUCAUUGUUGGCAUUUGUGAUCUGGGCCGCCUGGGUCCACCAGAGCCAAUGAUGGCGGAGUGUCUGGAAAAAUUUACCGAAAGCCUGAACCACAAACUGGACAGUCACGCGGAGCUUCUAGAUGCUACCCAGCACACACUGCAACAGCAAAUCCAGACCCUGGUCAAGGAAGGUCUCCGGGCUUUCCGAGAAGCUCGCCGAGAUUUCUGGCGGGGGGCUGAGAGCCUGGAGGCUGCUCUUACCCACAACGCAGAGGUCCCCAGGCGUCGGGCCCAGGAGGCAGAAGAGGCAGGCGCUGCUCUGAGGACUGCUCGAGCCGGGUACCGGGGACGGGCAUUAGACUACACUCUGCAGAUCAAUGUGAUUGAGGACAAGAGGAAGUUUGACAUUAUGGAGUUUGUGCUGCGCUUGGUGGAGGCCCAGGCUCUCCAUUUCCAGCAGGGCCAUGAGGAGCUGAGCCGGCUGGGACAGUAUCGAAAGGAGCUGGGUGCGCAGUUGCACCAGCUGGUCUUGAAUUCAGCACGAGAGAAGAGGGACAUGGAGCAGAGACACGUACUGCUGAAACAGAAGGAGCUAGGUGGGGAGGAGCCAGAGCCAAGCCUAAAGGAGGGACCUAGUGGCCUAGUCAUGGAAGGACAUCUCUUCAAACGUGCCAGCAAUGCAUUUAAGACCUGGAGCAGACGCUGGUUCACCAUUCAGAGCAACCAGCUGGUAUAUCAGAAGAAGUACAAGGACCCUGUGACUGUGGUGGUGGAAGACCUUCGGCUCUGCACAGUGAAGCUCUGCCCUGACUCAGAAAGGCGGUUCUGCUUUGAGGUGGUGUCCCCCAGCAAGUCCUGCCUCCUCCAGGCUGACUCAGAGCGCCUGCUGCAGCUAUGGGUCAGCGCUGUGCAGAGCAGCAUUGCCACCGCCUUCAGCCAGGCUCGCCUUGAUGACGACCCCCGGGCUCCAGGCCAGGCCUCAGGACACCUUGCCAUAGGCUCUGCUGCCACCCUGGGCUGUGGUCCGAUGGCCAGGAGCAGGGAGUCUGGAGGAGUUGGGCACGUGGCGGCCCAGGUCCAGAGCGUGGAUGGCAAUGCCCAGUGCUGCGACUGUCGGGAGCCAGCCCCGGAGUGGGCCAGCAUCAACCUUGGAGUCACUCUCUGCAUUCAGUGCUCUGGCAUCCACAGGAGCCUUGGUGUCCAUUUCUCCAAAGUCCGGUCUCUGACCCUCGACUCGUGGGAGCCAGAGCUAGUGAAGCUGAUGUGCGAGCUGGGAAACGUAGUCAUCAACCAGAUCUAUGAGGCCCGUGUGGAUGCUAUGGCAGUGAAGAAGCCAGGGCCCAGCUGCUCCCGGCAGGAGAAGGAGGCCUGGAUUCAUGCCAAGUACGUGGAGAAGAAGUUCCUGACCAAGCUCCCUGAAGUGCGAGGGCGAAGAGGUGGCCGGGGGUCCCCCCGGGGGCAGCCUCCUGUGCCCCCAAAGCCUUCCAUCAGGCCCCGGCCAGGGAGCAUCAAUCGGAAGCCAGAGCCCCCCUCUGAUGACCUGGGCAGCCUGCACUCUGGGGCCCUGCUGUUUCGAGCCGCUGGGCAUCCUCCAUCCCUUCCCACCAUGGCUGAUGCCCUUGCCCAUGGAGCCGAUGUCAACUGGGUCAAUGGGAGUCAAGAGAAUGCCACGCCACUGAUCCAAGCCACAGCUGCUAAUUCUCUUCUGGCCUGUGAGUUUCUCCUCCAGAACGGAGCGAACGUGAACCAAGCGGACAGCGCGGGCCGGGGCCCGCUGCACCACGCAACCAUUCUUGGCCACACGGGGCUCGCCUGCUUGUUCCUGAAACGGGGGGCUGAUAUGGGGGCUCGGGACUCUGAAGGCAGGGACCCUCUGACCAUCGCCAUGGAAACAGCUAACGCUGAUAUCGUCACGCUGCUGCGAUUGGCAAAAAUGAGGGAGGCCGAAGCGGCCCAGGGCCAGGCAGGAGAUGAGACGUAUCUCGACAUCUUCCGCGACUUCUCCCUCAUGGCAUCGGACGACCCGGAGAAGCUGAGCCGGCGUAGUCAUGAUCUUCACACGCUUUGAUCCCAGGCCUUCGGAGCCCCGCACACCCAGGCCGUCCCCUCCCCACCGCCGGCCCCGUCACCAUUAAAGCCUCUGUGCUUUGCUCUUUCCUUCAUAAGUAAUUUAUUGGGCGCCACCUUCGGUCCUGGCAAGGUGUUGGGUACUGCAGCCCCAGGAGUGCGGGGAGAGGAUGCAAGUGUGCGGACUUGAGUCACGCAGCAGGCCCCGGGGAGGGAAGUGGGAGCUUCAGCCCAGCGCGAACGCAGGCGGCCGUGGGGCGGGGCUCUCGGGCCCAGGCGACGUGGCCAGGCUCGUCCCGCCCGAGAGAGGCCGCCUGCGUGGGGUGGGGGACGGCCUUCCCCUGGGUGGAGCUGGCGCCCGGCCGGGCUGGGAUGGGGCGAGCGCGCUCCAGCCGCCCCGGCCCGGAGGCAUCCCCGGAAUGCCGCGGCUCAGCACCCGCCCCUCAGGAAUCCCCCACGGGAGCAACCGGUAGGGAAUGGCUGGGCCUCCGUCUUCUCCAAGUGGCGGGUUCGAGGUCCCGGCCCGGGCCAAGUUGCAGACGUGAGAUCGUGCACACCUGGGGGCCGGCGGGGCCGUUGCAGCCACAUCCGGGGAGACGCGCCUGAGUCACAGUCCCAACCCCACCCUCGCUUGCGCUCGCCUGUCCGGCCCGUUCGCCCCGUCCCUCCGGUCCGUGAGCCCCGGCUGCCACCUCCACCCGAGCCUCGCGGGCCUCGCGGGGGCGGGGGGCGGGGCGCCAGGGGCGGGGCUGUCCCUUAAAGGGCCCCCGGCCGCUGCCCUUAGGCCACUUCCUGGGGACAGAGAGGACCUCAGCGGCCGCAGCUUUAGCCGAAGAAGGCGACAGCGCCCGGGCCCCGAGACUGCCGGUUGUUUCCAUCAGGCCCACGGACUCUUCCAGCUCGAGCUGAGAGCACCGUCGCCCCCCAGCCGCUACAGGGGCGGCUCCGCCAUCCGUUCCCGUCAGCACAGCCUUCGUCCCUCCCCUGGGACCCUCGCCCGGAGCCCAGGCCAGGCCUCUGACCGGCCGCCGGAGCCCUGCGUGGACUCGCCCACUGCGACAGCGAUCUGCCCUGGAACUCGGAAGCUGGGUCCCUCAGUCAGCCCUGUGCUCGCCACCGUCACCUGCUGGUUGGAUUCCGGAAACCCAUUGUCUG